UGUUGACUCUGAUGCGGUGACAGUUACUUCCUCAAAAGUGCGAGAAAACAGUUUUUAGUUCGGAACUCGGAAAAUUUCAUUUUUAAAAGUGAUAAAAUGGACGUGAAAUGAUAAUUUUGGUACAAUACAAAUGAAGAUUUCUGUGUGGUGUAAAAAAACAUCAAUUGUGACCCUUACGUAUAAUAUUCAAAAGGAUUAGAAACAUUAGGAAGGGAUUCAGUAAAGUGUUUACUGCUGCAUUAGGAUGGAGACCUCCGCUGCUUGCCUGACAUGUAUAAAGAACUUGGCUGAAGAAGACGGAUCUCUCAAAAUAAACGAAAAUAAGCACAUUCAAACUGCUUUGAGUAAACAUUUUUGGUUCACGGAAAGUCACUAUCUCAGUGGCACAAUUUGCCAGAACUGUUGGAACAAGGUAGAUGACUUCCACCGGUUCUACUGUGAGGUAGAGAAGCUUACCUUUUUCGAGGUUCAAUUGCUGGAGAUCAAACAGGAGGAGGUGGAUUUCCAGCCAUCCUCUCCGGAACUGGUGGACCCAACAAAGGUUGAGGAAGGCGAAUACAAUUUCUGUUCGGUAAAGGAGGAGGAUUCGAGCGAUGGGGAGCUAAACAGGGAAACCAGACAGGGCAAAAAAGCGAAACGUACGAGAGUGCAGAAAAGAGAGCUAGACGAUGUCCAGGAAUACGUUUCGAAACAUAUGAAACUGAAAUGUGACACAUGCUCGAAGCAGUUCAAAACGUUCGAUCACUUACAGAGGCAUUCCCUGAAGGAACACGGAAAACGUGCCACUGUGGUGUGUUGUGAUCUCAGGCUCGCAAUCGCCUAUCGAUUCGUGGAUCACAUUCGGUACCAUCUGAAUCCAAGCCGGUUCAAGUGCCAGCAGUGUACGAAGAGAUGCGUCAACAGGGAAUCAUUGCACAGGCACGUUCGAACUGCCCAUUCCCCUGAGCCAGAAGAGCCCGUGAGCAAACGAGAAGAAGUCGAUUUGCAGCCUGUGAAGUUGGUGGAUCCUAUCAAAACUAAGGAAACGGAAAAGCCUCCGGAAUCGGACAGUAAAGUAGAAGAAACCGUUGCAGACAUACUUGUCGAAGCGAACAAGGAACUCAGCGAUAACAAUGAAAGUAAUGACGGCAAUAAUGAGGAUGAUUACAAACAAGAGGACUAUUCGAAUGAGUCCGACAGCUCGGAGGAUGAUGCUGACUCUGAUGAGGAAAAUGCGGAUAAUAAUGAUAACGAUGAUGAUUACCAGGAGGAAGAAUUCCAAAUUGGCAAACGAACAAGACUGAAAAGUUCAGAGAUGGGGGAAAUACAGGAAUACGUAUCGAAGAACAUGACGCUAGAGUGUGACACCUGUUCUGAGCGUUGUGAAACUUUCGAUGACUUACAGAAACAUUCCCAGGACAAACACAAAAAACGAGCAAUCAUUCGGUGCUGCGAUUUCAAGCUCGCCAACAGCUACCGAUUUGUGGAUCACAUACGGUUCCAUUUGAAUCCGGAUCGCUUCAAGUGUUCUCAGUGUGAGAAGAAAUGUCUCAAUCGGGAUGCGCUGAGGAGGCACGUCCAAAAGGUCCACACCCCAGAGGACGAAAAGAAGCAUCACUGCGCAGUGUGUUUCACGAAGUUCUCCACACGGAAGGCGAUGGUCAGGCACUCGAAGGUGCACGAAGAGUUUGACCCGAAGGAAGGUGGUGGCACCAGGAAGCGUAAGUAUGUGGAACGAGCCAAACGGGACAUGGAGAACGAGAAGAUGAUCGCAGAAUUCAUUAAUCUGGAGUGCGAUUCGUGUCAUAAGAAGUUCGACACGUUCCUAAUACUGCAAAAACAUUCAAUGCUGGAGCAUAAGAAACUUUCGUAUGUGUUCUGCUGUGGUCAAAGGUUUAACAAAAAACCACGUCUUGUAGACCACGUCCACUUUCAUCUCAACCCGACCAAAUUUCAGUGCAAGAUCUGCCAAAGAAAACUUCCCCACACCGAGUCACUUAGGCGGCAUAUGGACCGAAACCAUUCGGAAGAGGCGAAAACCUUCAAGUGCACCAUGUGCCCGAAGAUGUUUACGCACAAAAAGUUCCUCUCUAUUCACGAACGGUGGCACAACAGACGGUGGCACUGCGACAUAUGCGAUAGGCGAUUCAUCUGCGAAGCCAUUCUCAAGCAGCAUCAUCGCUCGGUGCACACCAAAGAGCUGAACUACGUCUGUCACGUGUGCGCCAAGACGUUCCACAUCUACUCGACGUAUCGGUCGCAUCUGGAGUCGCACGACGAGACGAUCAAGAAGAAACCCCAGAAGCCGCCGGUGCAGUGUCAAGUUUGUCAAGCAUGGACUCCAAAGUUGUCGCAUCACAUGCGGCUGCACUCGGGAACGCGGACGUGCGAAAUCUGCGGACAGGAGUGCAAGAAUGUUAUCGCCUAUCGGUACCACACGAAGCAACACCAAACGGGGGAUCACAUGUGCUCCGUUUGUGGGAAAGGGUUCAAGAAGGAACUUUCACUGAAGGAACAUAUGGCGUCGCAUACCGGGGUCACGCUGUACAGUUGCGACUUUUGUGAACGGACGUUCAACUCGAAUGCCAACCGGGCCGCGCAUCGGAAGAAAAUGCACCCGCAACAGUGGCUCGAUGACAAGCUUAAGAAGAAGUUGGCACGAUACGGUGGAACGCUACCGCCGGAGGCAGCGGAGACGGUGUAGUUCUUCGUUUGUUUCAGCCUUUACUCAAACCCAUCGGACGUGUGUUGAUCUUCGCCUCAUACUACGAUGCACUCCAGAAUGAGUGAGACUUCAGCGUUCUACCAGUGCGGCCCAAGGGUACAGAAAUGCUACAGUUUGUGGAGAGCGAAAUCUGCUUGAAACUUGAGGAUGUGAAAGCAUUCAACUACAGAACACCCGCAACUGUCUUUUGAUGUAAAUUUAAUGGAAAA